UCUCUUUCCUUCCCCUUCAUUAUAUUCCAGAACGGAAUAUAUAGCGCGUCAAUGCAACGCGCCAACGGCACAUCCGCGUGCGCAUCUUGCAAGCACCAACGCAAGAAGUGCAUCGACAAAUGUGUGUUGGCCCCAUUCUUCCCGGUCGACCGGACCCGCGAGUUCCAAGCCGUGCACAAAGUGUUCGGCGUUAGCAACAUCACGAAAAUUGUGACGAACCUCAAGGAGGAGGACCGGAGGAGGGCAGUCGACUCGCUCAUAUGGGAAGCCUUGUGUCGCGCAAAGGACCCUAUCCUCGGCCCCUACGGCGAAUACCAUCGGGUGUGCGAGGAGCUGAGGCUCUACAAAAAUCAGUAUCAGAUUCUCCACCAUGUCGUGCCAUCGACACAAGGGAACGUCGUGUACAAAGGAGCUGCGACGGCUGCGCACGGCCUAGUCGGGUGGGGGAAUAAUGCCAAUGGAAAUGGCAAAGUUGUCGCCGGAAAUGGUGGCGGCGGCGGUGGUGCCUCCGCCGGCGUCAGCGUUGCUUACAACAACAACAGCAGUGGAUUUCAUACGGCAACGGUAGCAGCAGCCAUGAGGGCAGAAAGUGACAAUGGAUCUGCUUUGAUUCUACCUGAACAGCAUUUGAGGAAUGGAUUCAAUCAACACUACUUCCUCAAUACUGGUCAGUACAACCCAAUGGAUGCCAAAUCUGUGGAAAGCACACUAUGGGAAGGCAGUUCAUAAAUUAAUUGUUGUUGUGAC